GAAAGAAGGGAGAGAGGACACUGGAACGGAGCGAAUAGAAAGGGGUUAGGGUUGAGAGAGGAAAGAAGGGCGGAGGCAGGAGCGGCGACACCGGUACCGGCGACGGAAUAGGAGUGUGAGGAGAUCUGGAGGGAAAAGGGAAGAGAGAGAGAGAGAGAGAGAGAGAGAGAGCACUCUAAAUAAAUACACAGAUCAUAUAUUUAUAUAAAUGAAGAAAUAAAAAUAGAGAGGGAGACAGAAAGAAUCGAGGCUGGGGACAAUCCAACUCCAACCAACAAGUGAGCGGUACUCCAGUUAUCUGCAAUUGGUUUAACAAGUUGUCUAAAGGCAUGGUGAAUGGUACUAGGUCUAGUAGGAAAGCUAACGAUGGUGAAGAUAAUAAUUCAAAAGGAGGUCAAACUAGUGGUAAAAAAUCAGUGAAUUCAGGUGCUGCUACGGCGGAAGUAUCUGGUUUUAGAAGGUCGCUUCGGGAAACGCUGUCUAAGAAAAGCAUGACUCCAUCGAGUUCUUCUGGUACUCGGAAGUCAGAGCGUCUUGAGAAGCAGACGUCGAAUUCAAAUACAAUGACUCCUCCAUCUAAGAGGAAAUCUGAGCGAAUUGAGAAGCAGAAGCAUCGGUGUCCUUUGAGGAGAUCUGAGAGGGGUAAGAUGCCCUCCUCAUCUGGUUCUUCGGGAUUAAAGAAGUCUGAUAAAAGCCUGGAUUCAUUAGAUGCAAAAAGGAAGAAAGAGAAAAAAGAGAAGAGUGUGAAACAGUUGACAAUGGAAACUGUAGAAGUUAACAAAAUUGAGAAUGAAGAUGGGCAGGUUGAUGAGGCACAAAAGAAGAGAAUGGAUGCUCGUGCCUAUAGAGCAAUGUUCAGGAAACAACUGAAGAGUGCUAAUGCAACAGAUCAUGGUGAUGAUCUGAACAGAACUGACAGUGAAAGGAGGGAUGAGGAUCUUUUAAAAGUACAUGCUGAGAGAACUUGUGAAAUAACCAUGGCGAGAGGUACAAGUCAAUCUGCGGAGGAAGCACCUGAAAAUAAGAAUGACCUUACAUUGUUUCCCACAAGCCAAAAGGAUAGUUGCAAGGAUAUGUCUUCAAAUGGGGAUGGUUCAAAAGUUUCUAAGAGUGGUUCGGUAGCCGGAAAAAUGAAUGAUGAUGCUGAAAAGGCUGUGCAGGAUCCAGAGUUGGUAAAUUCCAUGCUGCAUGAAAGGAUCCUGGAUUGUAAUAUCAGUUUGGAGAUGGUUCAGGAAGUCAUGUCUUCCGAGAGGAAAAGACAUGAUAUGGACACUGAUUCUGUUGCUUCUCCUAUAACGUCAAGUAAAAAUAUCUGCACCUCCAUGGCUGGUGCUGAAACUUUACUAAUAUCUGGUUGCAAACGAAAAGAUUGCAGUGAGACUUGUGGCACAUGUUCUAAAAGGCAAAGGGUUGACUGCGAUUUGACAAAGCAGGAGGUUUGCUCUUCUAACACAAAGUUAAAUCAGUUGUUUCAAUCCUCUGAUAUUAAGGAUAGAUGGAAACUUGAUGCUGGUGUUAGCACGGGACAUGUUGAAAAGUGCUGCAAUGAUAUCCAAAAACAUAUGUCUGUCACGGAUCUUCGAACCGACCCUGAUCAAAAUACUUGCAUCGUAUGCAACCUCGUUGGAAAGCUCUUAUGCUGUGAGGGAAAAGGGUGCCAUAGAAGCUACCAUCUUUCGUGUCUAGAACAUCCCCUUGAGGAGGUUCCUGUUGGAGUUUGGCAUUGUCCAGUAUGUGUGAGUAAAAAAUUAGAAUCAGGGGUGCAUUCAGUUUCAGAGGGAAUAGAAGCAAUUUUGGAUUCUAGAGAAGUGGAGGCUUCAGAGGAUGGUUUGCAAAGACAGAAGCAAUAUUUUGUGAAAUACAAAGGUCUUGCUCAUGUUCAUAACCGUUGGGUACCAGAGAAUCUGGCACUGCUUGAAGCUCCAUCACUAGUUGCUAAAUAUAACCGAAGAACCCAGGGUGCUGUUUGGAAGCAACAGUGGGCAGUGCCACAUCGUGUGCUACAGAAAAGAUUUUUGGUGACUCCUGAGGAGUGUCAUGGGUCUUAUCUUAAAGGGCAUGAUGGUGAAAAGCUAAAUUGUCAUGUUGAAUGGCUUGUGAAAUGGCGUGGUCUUGGUUAUGAGCAUGCUUCAUGGGAGUUGGAGAAUGCUUCCUUCUUCAGUUGUCCAGAAGGUCAGAGCCUUAUACGAGAUUAUGAAAUACGUCGUAAGAAGGCAAAGACAGCUUCUAAAUUUGAUAAGGAAAGAAGAGAAGUUGCAUGCCUAAAAUUGUCUCAACUACCAGCUGGAGUUUCACCUGGACUGGAUGCUAAUCUUGAUGCUCUUAACAAGCUAUGCAACUAUUGGCGUAAGGGCCAGAAUGCUAUCAUUUUUGAUGACCAGGAAAGGAUUCUGAAUGUCAUUUCAUUCAUUUUGUCUUCUUCAUCUGAUAUCUCUCAGCCUUUCCUCAUCAUCUCAACUUCCUCUUCACAAUAUUCAUGGGAUGAGGAGUUCUUGCAUUUGGCACCAUCUGUUGAUGUUGUGGUUUACAGUGGCAGUAAAGAAAUUCGGAAAAGUAUUAGGACCCUGGAGUUUUAUGAAGAAGGAGGUUGCAUAAUGUUUCAAGUACUUAUAACCUCACCAGAAGUUAUCAGCGAGGACUUGGAUGUGCUUGCUUCCAUAGGGUGGGAGGCAAUAAUAGUGGAUGAGUGCCAACGUCCAAGAAUUGCUUCAUGUUUUGAACAAAUUAAGAUGUUAACUGCUAGUAAGAGGCUUCUAAUUGUUAGCAGUCAACUGAAGGAUAAUGUGGCUGAGUACCUUAAUCUUCUUUCUCUGCUUGAUUCUCAAAGCAAUUUAAAUGGUAGUGACAGCUUGCUAAUGAAUUCAAGUGAUAAUAUUGGUACUUUGAAGGAGAGGUUGGCAAAAUAUAUUGCUUAUGAAUGCAAAUUAGAAUCAUCUAGGUUUGUAGAGUACUGGGUUCCUGUGCUUCUAUCCAAUGUGCAGCUAGAGCAGUAUUGUUUUACUCUACUUUCAAACUCAUUCUCUCUUUGCUCACCUUCAAAGACUGAUCCUGUUGGAGCACUCCGCAACAUUCUUAUCUCCAGCCGUAAGUGUUGUGAUCAUCCGUAUGUUGUGGAUCAAUCCCUUCAAAUGUUGCUCACUAAAAGCCUUAAAGAGAUUGAGUUUUUGGAUGUUGGCAUAAAAGCCAGUGGCAAAUUACAACUUCUUGAUGCAAUGCUUUCGGAAAUCAAGAAACGAGAGUUAAAAGUCCUUAUUCUUUUCCAGUCAAUUGGUGGCUCUGGAAGAGAUUUAUUGGGAGAUAUUUUGGAUGACUUUCUGCGUCAAAGAUUUGGUGCAGAUUCUUAUGAGCGUAUUGAUGGUGGUGUUUUCCUUUCAAAGAAGCAAUCUGCUUUGAACAAAUUUAAUAAUGAGAGAGAGAGAUUUGUCUUUCUAUUAGAAACCCGUGCUUGUCUUCCCAGCAUAAAAUUAUCCGCAGUUGGUACCGUCAUAAUAUUUGGAAGUGAUUGGAGCCCAAUGAAUGAUCUAAGAGCCCUGCAGAGGAUAACACUUGAUUCUCAGUUUGAACAAAUAAAAAUAUUCCGUUUAUAUUCAUCAUUUACGGUGGAGGAAAAAGUUUUGAUGCUUUCAAAACAAGAUAAGACACUUGAUAGCAACACACAUAAUGUAAGCCCUAGUAGUUGUCACAUGCUGCUGAAGUGGGGGGCUUCACAUCUAUUCAAUCAAUUGGGUAAAUUUCAUGGUAUCCCAACAUCAGAUGCAGGCACCUUGUCUGAGCAAUCACAUUUAAUAGAUGUGAUUAAAGAGUGUUUUAUCAUACUAGAUCAAACUGGAAUAGACAAUGAUGCAAGCAAGUUAUCCCUAAUUUUACUAGCCAAACAAAAGCAAGGAACGUAUAGGACAGAAAUGCCUUUGUUUGGUGAGCAGAAAAUUCAGGUGAUGAAUGAAGAUCCACCUCAUAUAUUUUGGACAAAACUUUUGGAGGGAAAGAAUCCACAGUGGAAGUAUUCUUCUUGUUCAUCUCAGAGGAAUCGGAAAAGGGUUCAAAAUUUUGAUGGCUUGCUAAAGAAACCUGAGGCUGAAAGUUCUGAAGUUGUAAAGAGGCGCAAGAAGGUAGUCAGUGAUUGCAAUGAUCAUCUCUCUCCAAAAGCUGGGCUGCGUGAGGGGAAAAUGGCUGCUGGGGACAGGGAAGGAAUCUUAGGAAUUUUCGCAAAUGGUUUGUCUCAUUCUUUGAGUAGAUCAACAGCUUCUGAGAGUGAUGAAAUUCAUGCAAUCUCUAACUCACUUCAUCUGGCCAAUAAUAUCUCAAAAAUACCAGCUGUUAACAUGGUUGAAAGGGAGGACAGAAGAAAACAGCGUGAUUCACAGAAGAAUCUCCAUGUUCUUUUGAUGCCACAGAUAGCGCAACUCUGUGAAGUGUUACAUCUCUCAGAGGUUGUCAAAGCUAUGGUUGAAAGGUUCCUUGAAUAUGUUAUGAAUAAUCAUCGGGUCAGUAGGGAACCAGAAACCAUUUUGCAGGCAUUUCAGAUUUCUCUGUGUUGGAGUGCAGCAUCUUUGCUGAAGCACAAAAUUGAUCACAAAGAAUCACUUGCACUUGCAAAGCAGCAUCUGGGUUUUACCUGCAAGAAAGAUGAGGCAGACUAUGUCUAUUCACUGUUGCGGUGUUUGAAGAGAAUGUUUCUAUAUCGAACAGGGUAUUUGAAGGUCCCAAACUCUCCCAAAGGUUCUGAACAAUCAAGUAAAGCCCUGGGUCGAGAUUAUUCCAAUGCAACAUCUUGCCAUCAAAAUGUAAAAGCAAAGAUUGAAGAUAUGUUGGGGUUUCAAGAGGGUUCUGAUGUACAGGUCCGUGCAGAGUCUGGAGUGGCCCCAGAAUUUCACUUGGCACAGAGAGAUCUUCUAAAAAGCAUCAAAGAAAUUCAAAAAAAAUGUGAUAAGCAUAUGACAAAACUUCGUGAGAAGCAAAGGGAGGAAAUGAAGCAAUUUAACCUGAAGUGUGAGGAAGAAAAGGCACAGCUGGAGAAUAAGAAAAGAACAGAAGCAGCUGUUAUCCGUUUGCUUAGUAAUGUCACUAUGAGAACUGAUAAGCUCAAGAAAUUGGAUAUUGAAUAUGCUGGGAAAUUUGAUGAACUCAAACUGCAGAUGGAUGUGCACCUUAAGAAUCUUGAAGCAGAGCAGUUGAGUGCAAGAAGCAAUGCUCUAGAGAGUAAAACUCGUUGGGUGGAAGCAGUUAAGGCUUGGGCUCAGGCUGAGUUUGUGAGGCCGCCUGUAAGUGAGGUGAAUCUUUCUGAAGGAAGGAGUUCUGCUGGCAUUAUUCAUUCUGUGUCAGGAAACGAGGUAAGAGUGUCCAAAAGCAUUCACAUUGUUCCUGAUGACAUUAUGGCAUGUAGUGAUCCCAUCUGUAGAGUAACUUGUUUGGCUAGACCCUUCAAAGAGAACUCAGAGGGAGCAUCAGUUGAGGAGUGUAAUGUAACUGUCUGUUCUGGUGGUGAUGAAGAACAAGCUGUCUACAAAGCUUCAUGUCCAAGAGAAGGGGUUUCUGGUGGAGAAAUUCCAGAUGGAGGGGUUGCACUAGAUGUUCCUGUAACUGUAACUUCAGGUUAUGUAACGGACUGUUUCCCUUCCAUGAGAUGUUCAGAUGAAGACAAGAUUUCUGAUGGAUCUAAAUUAAACAUGUCAAAUGGGGAUCCUGAGACUGUUCCUCCUACCGAUGGUCCAGAGAAUCUUAUCUGUGUGGAAGCACCCUCAUGUGAAGAAAUUCCUGAUGGAGCCACAUUGAGCAAGCCUAUUCCCUUUACAGCAGCUGAUAGUGUCAGUUUCUGUAAAAAUCAGGAGAAACUUGCCUCAUUGCAAGCACCUUCAUCUGAAAAAAUUUCUAAUAGAGACUCAUUAAGAAAGAUUGAUGAGGAUGUUCCCUUGAGAGAAUCUGUGACUGUCAUUUCCUGUGAAGGUCAAGAGAACCUCAUCUCUUUAGAAGCACCUUCAUCUGUAGAAGUUCCUGAUGGAACCAAUUUACGGAAAGUUGAUGGGCAGGUUCCCUUAGGAGAACCUCUGAUUGCCAUUUCUGGUGAAGGUCAGGAGAACCUCAGCUCAGCUGAAGCACCUUCAUCUGAAGAAAUUCCUGAUGGAGCCACAUUAAGCAUGGCUGAUGUGGUGCUUCCCUCAAGUGCGGCUGAAGCUGUCGGUUCUAGUGAAGGUCAGGAGAAUAUCACGACUGCUAAUUCUUCAUCUGAAAAACAUAUCCCUGGUGGAGCCACAUUCAUUGUGUCUGAUGGAGAAGUUCCAAAGAGCACAUCUGAGAUUGAAACUUCCAGUCAUGGCAUGGUCUGCCAAAAUCCUUCAUCUAAAGAACAAAUAACUGAUGCUGCUGAAGAGGGGUCAUUGGUAGAAUCUGAAACUGCUCCUAGUGAAGUCCUUGAGGGUGGUAGUGUUCAUAGACAGAAUGUUCAAACAAGUGCCAUAGGAAUUGAUCAGCAGGAUGUUGAAGUAUGUACCGUGAACCAGGAGCCUGAAUUUGAAGAACCGUCUCUGGCAGAUCUUCCUCCAGUGCAGCAUGUGCCUAUUGUUGACCAAGGUGGUCCAUUGGCACCAGAUCAGGUAUCUCCCAAUGCGGGUUCUCUUCCAUCUGCAAUACAGGCUAGAGAUGUUGUGAAUAGUGAAACGCAAACUGCUUCUCAGGUAGCUGAAACUUCAUCACCUAAUGCCACCAUUGAUGUCAGAUGCAAUGAGCCCAAUCCUGACACAACAGUUCUGGAGCUUAGCAAGCGAACGCAGGUGAUGAGAUCCGGAGAAUCAACUUCUUAUCUCUCUCCUCCUAAUCUACCUUCAGUGAGUGCGAUUGAACAUCAAUCAAACAAUGAAGGCCAAACUGCCAACCAAAUUUCUCAGGCUCUGAGACAAUCAGUGGCAAACCAUAUUGAGCUUUCCAAUCAAGAUGUUUUGCAGCCUCUGCAUUCACCCAUUGAUGGCACUAUUGGUGGGCUGGUGAGACAAGCUUCAGAAACAAGGACUGCUUCACUCCCUCCUGUUUCUAGUGGCCUUCCUGUACAGACUGCACCUGCUGUAUCAUCUCGGAUGCCUCUGCCUUUGUACAAUGACCCACUUCAAAAUGAAAUGGAAAGAAUACGCAAAGAAACAGAUCAAACCAUUAAGAUUCAUGAAGACAUGAAGCUGCAGCUGAAAUCGGAAUGUGAGAAGCAGAUUGAGGAGGCUAUAGCUCAGAUUCGUAGAAAUUAUAAAGCUAAACUUAAGGAGAAAGAGGCAGAAUUUCUGCUUCAGAAAAAGGAGCUUGAUGUAAAUUACAACAAAGUUCUCUUGAACAAGAUCUUGGCUGAGGCUUUCAGGUCUAAAUGUAUGGAUAUUAGGGCAUCUGGCUCGGCAGGAGCACAUCAAGAGGCAAGUUCGAGUUUCAUGCAGCAGUUGGUUCAACUUUCAUCACAACAGACGGUACAACAGCCUUCCAUUGCGUCUGGCCUCCCUCCAAAUGGUUCAGCUGGCACGCAAACCAUUUCACCUGCUGUAGUCAAUGCACAAACCACGGGUCCACCUUUGCAGGCCGUUAACCCUUCUGCAUUUUUCUCUGGCACUCCAACUAGACCUCCCCAUAUCAGUUCCAUAUCCCCUUCUGCAGGAAACCUUCAAAUGAGCAGUGAAAUUCGUGCUCCCGCCCCACAUCUACAGCCAUUCAGACCUUCAACAUCCAUUUCCCCCGGCAGUCUCCCAUCCCAGUCUCGUGGAAUGUCGAAUCAGCAGGCGCAUGGUAACCAUCCUGUGGCUCCUCCAGUGCGAGGCCAAUCAUAUGGUAACCCCCCUGCACAUAGGCCGAUAUCAACUACAUGUCAAUCCGGUAGGAUCCCACCUGAAACUACUGGAGGGUUGGCACCUCCACCUAACGCUUCUUUACCUUCAUUAGAUGUCUUGAUGGGCAUAAACAAUCUAUCGGGAGCUAAUACAAAUCCCCUAAACAACUUAGUACCAGGUGUUAGUUCAAGCUUAGCUACAUUGGUCUAUCAGGAAUCUAGCUUGCCAAGAAUUCAGUCUAACCCAGCACAGCAAAGUGGAGCAACUGACAUUGUUUGUUUAUCAGAUGAUGACUAACCGUAAUCGCAAGAUGUAAACUUAGAUCUAAUGUAGCAAUGACGGAUCUUUUCAAUUUUCGACUCAGAGAGCUAGUGCAAGGUCAAAAAUUGAAAUGUGACUUUGCUAGGAAAUUGGCGGUCAGCUUGAUUGUAUAUGGAUCACUCUUUGUAGCUGAUAGUUAUUUAAUUUGUAAGGUGUAUAUAUAUAUUUUCAAUUCCUUUUGUUUUUUUUUUUUUUACAUUUACAUAUUGUUCAAAGCAUGGGUGGGUGAGCGUAAUAUCAGCUAAUUUAAACCGGCAAUGUUACUGCCUAAUAAACCCUCAUUUGGGAAGAAUAUCAUAAAGGGUUAUGGUGAAUUUUA